AUGGUUGAUCUUAUCGAAAAGAUUGGACGCUUUUUCGCUGAGCAAGAGGCUCAAAUUCAGGAAAGAUUUAGUCAAGUCGCCUAUCCUGUAGUCAGCAAGUCCUCGUCAUGGAAUGCUAAGCCUUUAUCUUCUAAUCAUAGUGUAAGAACGUCAGAAGUGAAUCGUGAAUCCUUUGCUGCCAAUUCUAGCUUGAUGAAAACUCGACGCAACAACUUCAUUAAUCGACAACGAAGAAGUCGAGUUGAUUCUGUAAUGGAACCUUUUGAUUCAUUUCCUGUGUAUAGCCCGAAUAAUGACAAGAAAAGUGAUCAGCUUCAAGAUAAUUUCAUCUCACGCAGAUCGUUCUCGUCUUUGUCGUCAUGUCCUGUUAGUAGUAGAGUCUCUAGUCGAAAGGAUGAAAGUGAGGCAUCUCACACAAGCUCCAUUUUGCAUGAAAGACCGCGAAAGCCGCGCCAUAUACAUCAGAAACAUCGCAAGCGAAAGAAAAAACGUGCAAUCAACCACAGCGAUAAGCAUUCUGAUCCUAAAGCUGAAGCAAAGGCAAAUGUUGCGAAGAUUGCAGCGGCGAUUGCGCUUGCUCAAGAGCGGGCAAAGCGCAUUCAUCAAGAGAAGCUGCAGCUUGAACGUGAGCAAGAGAUGGAACGUCAAGAAGCUGCAAUUCGAUUGCAAAAGCAAAUGGCCAAGAUUGAAGCUGUGCGUGCGAAAUCAUUUUGUCAUUCCACUACUUCGAAUCCUACAUGUUCAAACGGCAGCUCAGAGAAUCAGAACGAUGGAUGGGGUAUCGAUCCACGCUUUGGAACGGAAAAAACGUCGAGUGCGUUCAUGACAGAGCUUGAAACACAUCUACGAGAAAAGAUGUCCUUACACAUGCACUUGAAGCAAAGCUAUACCAGAAAAUCGAGACAGCGUGAGCGUAUUUGUCAAAAGUUUGACAAAAUUGUCGAAGAAAAUGCUGUUCAGAGUGCUAAAGUAGCUCGACUGUUAGCUACAAAGGCGACACUAGAAAUGGAACUCUCCGAGGUCCUUGAAGAAACUGCACAAAUUCGACAACGUCGGAGGGAUGUGGAACUUGCUGAUGAGCAAGAGCGACUGAAGCGACAUCGAGAAGCAGAACGUCUUUUGACAAAUCGACUGCGCGAGGAAGAGUGGAGUAGCAUAAUGAAGGAGGAGAAGGAGCGGUCUAUCAUAGCUGCGAAAGCUCGAGUGAAAGCCAGCAAACGAGUUGAAGCUCAUUUAGCCAACCUACGGAAACUAAUGCAAACUUAUCGAUAUGAAUCGCGCUAUUCGAGCGGUGAUGCUUUGUCUAGCUCCAGGAGUAACAACAAUCACAGUGAUCAUAGCAAUAACGAUUCGUGGGUGCCUGAAGAACGUGCUCAAAUCAAAAAGAGAGGUCAUUGUAACAGCAGUAGAGAGCAGAAAAGCAACGAGAUAGACAACAAUGACACAUCGGAGAGAAGUCCAAAAAAUGCGAAGGAGACUAAUAUGUCUCUUGAAUGGCAAGUGCCAAACUUUCCAGAUCCAACGAUAUGUACGAAAUUACUCAUGGACCUGAUCAGUGAUGACGAAGACGAGCCUUCAAGUGAUCCGAAACAUGUUUCUCAUGAAAAAGAUGAUAGUUAUUAA